GUCUCCCCCUUCCUGUAAAGCUUGUCCAAGGCUUAUUUUUUAUUCAUCGAAUUCUCUGGAAAUCAAACAAGUCAGAGAUCGGAUUUGAAAAAAAAAAAGAUGGGGAGUCCAGAGAAGAACGAGAACAAGGGUUUCUUCGCCGCCAUGACUUCCGGUUUCUCCAUGUUCGGCAGCGCCAUGUCCAGAUCCGUCAACGGGUUGCUUGCUUAUGAAGGAGUUGAGGUUAUCAAUCCAGAUGGUGGUAAGGAAGAUGCAGAAGAGGAAGCUCAGAGAGGAAGGUGGAAAGACGAGGAACGUGAUAGUUACUGGAAGAUGAUGCAGAAGUAUAUAGGCUCGGAUAUUACCUCAAUGGUCACACUUCCUGUUAUUAUUUUUGAGCCAAUGACUAUGCUCCAGAAGAUGGCUGAGUUAAUGGAAUAUUCCUACUUGCUGGAUCAAGCUGAUGAAUGCGAGGAUCCUUACUUGCGUUUAGUAUAUGCUUCAUCAUGGGCUAUAUCUGUUUACUUUGCGUACCAACGAACGUGGAAGCCAUUCAAUCCUAUUCUUGGAGAGACAUAUGAGAUGGCCAACCAUGGUGGCAUUUCAUUUCUUUCUGAGCAGGUUAGCCAUCAUCCCCCAAUGAGUGCAGGUCACGCCGAGAACGAGCACUUCACCUACGACGUCACCUCAAAGUUGAAAACUAAGCUUUUGGGUAACUCUGUUGAUGUCUACCCUGUUGGCAGAACGCGUGUAACCCUCAAAAAAGAUGGCGUGGUUCUUGAUCUGGUUCCGCCUCUCACUAAGGUUCACAACCUGAUAUUUGGACGAACUUGGGUUGACUCACCAGGAGAAAUGGUCAUGACAAAUAUAACCACUGGAGACAAAGUUGUUCUUUAUUUCCAGCCAUGUGGUUGGUUCGGGUCUGGUCGCUAUGAAGUGGAUGGAUAUGUUUACAGCGCAGACGAAGAACCUAAAAUCAUGAUGACAGGAAAAUGGAAUGAGAAAAUCAGCUACCAACCUUGUGAUGAUGAGGGUGAACCUCUUCCAGGGACAGAGCUUAAAGAGGUGUGGCAUGUGGCUGAUGUUCCCAAGAAUGACAAGUUUCAGUACACCCACUUUGCUCACAAGAUAAACAGCUUCGACACAGCUCCUUCUAAGCUCUUGGCUUCAGACUCACGUCUCCGUCCUGAUAGAUAUUCCCUUGAGCAGGGUGACCUUUCUAAAGCUGGUUUCGAGAAACACAGCCUUGAGGAGAGACAAAGGGCCGAAAAGAGGACACGAGAAACAAAGGGACAGACGUUCACACCAAGAUGGUUCGAUCUAACGGAUGAGAUCACAUCUACUCCGUGGGGAGAUAUUGAAAUAUACCAAUACAACGGGAAGUACUCGGAACACCGAGAUGCUGCAGCGAGCUCGAGCGGUGGUGCCUCCAGUGAUGUGGACCUCAAAUCGAUCGAGUUUAAUCCUUGGCAAUAUGGUAAUGUAUCAACUGAAUGAGGCAAACGUUUCGUGAUUUUAAUGUAUGACAUCGACAUACUCAAUGGUGUGGUUCAUGGGACUCGUGAAGAUGAGUUCAAAGUUGUUUUAUACUUUUGUUCGAGGGUGAAAAAGUGUUGCUUACGUAGUUUGAGUGGUGAAACGUAAGAUUGUGUUUAUGUCUUAUUGUAUCUUUGUUUCCAUCUCGAUUCAAAAGUAAUUGUGUUUUGUUAUGCUUAUACUUUUUAGA